ACCACUCCCUCAACACCUCACCUUCCCUUCACAAACCGCACAGACGCACACCAUCCUUUUCACCCUCCUCCUCCUGUACUACACUCACGCUAGCUGCACGCAGGCCUUAGAACUUUUAACGUGCUUCAGUUCUCACUGAUAGCUCAUCAUCAGCCUUGCCGUAUGGACGCCAUGUCGUGCCUGGCGCCGUCACCGCCAGCGUCGUUCCUCUCGGCCUCCUCACUUGGCCCGGCCUACUGCACCGACGCCGUCACCGCGCGCGCGCUGCACCUCUCCUCCAUGCCCGAGUACGAGUACGAGUACGACUACUCCCCCGCGGUGUCCUCCCCGUCCUCCGCCUCGGCGCCCUCAUCGUCGUCCCUCCUCGCCGACUUCCCCGGCGGCAGCAGCUGGUUCGCGUCCACGGCCUCGCUCGCCUGCGACUCUGCGCUGGUCGCGUCUGACGCGGUGCCACGGCCGCCGUCCACCCCCGUCGGCGCCGCGACGAGCAAGAGGCGGAUUGGCCUGGGGCCCAACCCAGCGGGCGCCGGGCGCGCCGGGAAGCGGCGGGCCAGGGCGUCGAAGCGCGCGCCGACCACGUACAUCAGCACCGACCCCGGCAACUUCCGGCUCAUGGUGCAGCAUGUCACGGGCAUCCAGGCCGAGACGGGCGCGGUGCCUGACGGCAGCGGUGUUGUCCUGCCGGCGUCCUCGUUCGAUGCCGCGCUACUGGAUUGCGCCCCGUUCCAGGGCGCGUUCGCGGACGCGCUGCGGCUGCCGUCGGACGCCGACGCGGCGGCGCUCAAUCGCCACCAGCAGCAGCUGCAGCUGCCGUGCUACCCGACGCUGGACUCGUGGAGCGUCAUGUGCGAGAGCAGCCAGCUGAUCUAGCCGAUCGAGCUCCACUCCGUUUGCCAGGAAACCUGGUGCUCAUGCCGGCAAUCGGAACGCUGCGGGGCAAAAACCUGGCAACACUGUAACUUCGCCUAGACGACAGAAGAACAAGUAGAUGGUUCACCAACACAGACGCAACACCGCACAUUAUCUCAGUUCUCUGACAAGACUAGCUAGGAGUAAAGUAAGCAUAGCACCACGAAUCAGGGGCUGUUUGGAUGGUAUUACAUUGUCAAUAGUUUCGUCAUGACCAAAACAUUGGCCUUUGUUUGGAUGAA